UUUUACGCAGCUCCUGAAUCUGACCCAGCUCUUCUUAAAUGAUGCCUUCCUGGAGUAUCUGCCCGCUAACUUUGGCAGGCUCUCCAAACUACGGAUUCUGGAGCUGAGAGAGAACCACCUGAAAACCAUGCCAAAGUCCAUCCACAGACUGACACAGCUGGAGAGGCUGGAUCUGGGUAGCAAUGAAUUCUCUGAAAUGCCAGAGGUGCUGGAACAGAUACACAGCCUUAAGGAGCUGUGGCUGGAUAACAACUCUCUACAGUCUAUACCUGGGUCAAUAGGGAAGCUUCGUCAGUUGCGGUAUUUAGAUUUGGCCAAAAAUCGCAUUGAGUCUUUGGACAGUGACAUCUCUGGCUGUGAGGCCUUAGAAGAUCUACUGCUAUCCUCCAAUAUGCUGCAGCAUCUGCCAGACUCUAUAGGAAUGCUGAAGAAGCUGACCACUCUAAAGGUAGAUGACAACCAGCUGACCGCACUGCCUCACACUAUUGGGAGCCUUCGAAGGAGCCAGUCCAGUCCGAAGCCAAAGCAAGGCCUGUCUCUUUUGGAGGAGUUGGACUGUAGCUGUAAUGAGCUGGAGUCGUUACCUCCCACUGUUGGCUACCUGCACAGCUUGAGAACUUUUGCUGCAGAUGAAAACUUCCUCAUAGAGCUGCCACGGGAGAUUGGUAACUGCAAGAAUGUGACGGUGAUGUCACUUCGGUCCAACAAGCUGGAGUUUCUGCCUGAUGAAAUAGGGCAGAUGACCAAACUACGUGUUCUUAACCUCAGCGACAACAGGUUGAAGAAUCUACCGUUUACCUUCACCAAGCUGAAGGACUUGGCAGCUCUGUGGCUCUCUGACAAUCAGUCCAAAGCUUUGAUCCCACUGCAGACAGAAGCUCAUCCAGAAACCAAACAGAAGGUUUUGACCAACUACAUGUUUCCACAACAGCCCAGACAUGAUGAAGAUUAUCAGUCAGAUAGCGACAGCUUUAAUCCGACACUGUGGGAAGAACAAAGACAGCAGAGAAUGACCGUUGCCUUUGACUUUGAGGACAAAAAAGAAGAGGAAGACAACUCUGGGAAGGUGGAAAUAAACUUAAAGCGCUACCCAACCCCAUACCCCGAAGAUCUGAAAAACAUGGUCAAAUCAGUGCAGAGUCUUGUGGGUAAAGGCAUGCACCCUGGACAUGGGCACCAGCAUCAGCUGAGCUCAGGCAGCGCCACCUCAGCAGGAACCAACAUGGAACAUACGCACCUCAGCAAAGAAUCAUAUGAGCCACCAUGGCCCCUGCCUCCUAAAGAGUUGAUGCAGGUAUUUGAUUCAUUUGAUGGACGAAAUGAAACUGUUUGCCAGGUGACUGACAGAGAGAUGCAGGACUUCUCUCAGUCUCAGUUAAUGGAUCAAGGAUCAAUGCAUAACUCUGGCAUUGACAUUCCCAAGAGGAAGGACAAAGAGGACUUGACAGAGAGCUCUGAGGACUCAAUGGGUGGUUCUCCGAACGAUAUCCGUAUCUCAGAUAUGAGGCCAACUCUGGUGGAGCCACCAAUGUACAAACCAAAGGUGGUACUGCUGGGGAAGGAUAAAAAAGAGUCAACAGAUGAGGAGGUGGAUAAACUCCACUGUCUGAACCACAGUGGUUCCUCAGCCACCUACUCUGACUACUCCCCCUCCCAGGGCUCCUCAGGCUCCUCCAAUCCUUCCGCCAACACACACUCUCAUGCACACUCACACAAUCCUGGCCUGCAGGCCCCAAAUAAAGACCAAGCCCCUCAAACACAUUGGACCAACAGACUUGCCCAGUCAUUUCCAAAGCCUAUUGACUCCAAACCCCUACUGUCUCAGAGAGAAACUCCUCCAUCAGGAACCCUGCAGCAACGGGGAGAUCGGCGUCCGCUCAGCGAGCCUUUUGAUUGGUCUGAGGCUCAACACUAUGAUAACACAGGUUUUGAUGCUGAGGAAUCUCCUAUGGACCCUCCAUCCUCUAAUACAAGUCAGGGUAACCCUCCUCUGGGCUCCAAACCCCGCAGUCAGUCAGCACAUGGCCGCCGGCCGCUUCUCAGGCAAGAUCGGAUUGUAGGAGUCCCUUUGGAGCUGGAUACCCAGACACUCCCCUACCACGGUAACCAACGUUCAAAUGCGGAUAAUGACCAUCAGUCCUCUGGACCUCCCUCCCAGAACCCCUGGCAGAACUGGACCAGAACUCCCAGCCCUUUGGAGGACAGAACCGCUUUCCCCUCGAAGCUGGACCUGACACCCACCUCAAGCCCCAACCCUGAUCGUAAAGACAUUGACUCAAGACUGGAACAAGGCUCAGGACCUCUGCCUGGAAGCUGGACAUAUCACAACAGUCAGGGGGAGCAGAUCAGGAAGGAUCAGCUCAGUGUUGGUGGAGGAAACAAAGUAACAGUGGUGAUGAGUAAAAGCUCAGACCGACUCUCUCCAAUGAUGAGGGAGACGAGAUCCAAGUUUAAGAAGUCCCAGAGUAUAGAUGAGAUUGACAUUGGCUCCUACAAAGUCUACAGUAUUCCUAUGGAAAGCUACAGUUCAUCCAUUGAACAGCAGACUAGUUUGGACCGUCAAGAGCUCCCUGGUUCCAUGGAGCAGACCAGCAUGUCAAGGUCACAGUCUGCACCCAUGUUAGACGAUGAGAUGGGCUUCCCAGGACAUGGAGGUAGCAGCCAGAAUCAGUCUGGACAAAAUCAGAAACCUACCAUUCCUCACAAGGCCUAUCACUUUGACCAAAACUACAACCCCCAGAUGACCAUAGAUCGCAGAAUCCCUCCCCCCUUCCCUAACACACCAGAUUAUGUUAACCACUCAUCAAAGGCCAUGGAUUACUUGAGUCAGCCUGGGAAGACACUACCCAAGGAGCUUGUGAGUCCUCGUUAUCGUGCGUAUCCACCACUGGAGAUGUUUUCAUUCCCCCAAGGCCCAAUCAACCAGGACGGUUCCCACAGCCAGCAGCAGCAGCAGCAAACUAUCUCAACUCAGCGCUCCAGGCCAGGCUUUUUGAGGAGAGCUGAUUCUUUGGUAAGCUCUACAGAGCUUGCCUUAUUUCGUAGAGUUCAUGAAGCCCAGCAGGAGGCGCUACAAGAAGCUCAGUACAAGCAGCAGACGGACCCCCCUCAUUAUAGUCGGGCUCUUGCCUAUUCCUCCCCCAUGGAACACUCUGCCCUGACCAACAUGUCUGACAACCAAAACCAAAUGAUGCACAACAAGAGAAACGGUCGCUAUGAUGAUGACUAUACCACAUACCAGGAGCAGAAGAAGCCCAUGAUUGGUUAUCCGACCAAAAGUCUGACUCAGCGUCGCCCCCUGUCAGCUAGGAGCUACAGUACUGAAACCUAUGGAGCAUCUCAGGCCCGUCCGGUGUCAGCUCGUCCAACCAUGGCUGCUUUGCUGGAGAAGAUGCCACCCGACUACACUUUGGCAACAUGUCCUGAGAAACCGUCUGAGGACACCAUCAAAGUUAGACCUGGUGUGCAGCCGAAACCAGAGGACAUCACUUCAAAGAUGCCAGCUGACUGGAGGCAACAACUUCUUAGGCACAUAGAGGCCAAACGAUUGGACAGGACACCUUCCCAGCAGGCUGCAAUGCUGGAUAAUGACCAGGAGGAGGUCCCAGGGAGCAACCAGUGGGCUCCCUACUCUCUUGGUCGAAGAGACGUUCCUCCAGAGAACCUCAUGAAAAAGGGUGGACAUUCACACAACUCCUCACAUCAGUCACACAACACCAUGAUCGUCACCUCCACCUCUUCCUCCUCGUCCACUGUGCCGCAUCGUGUCGUUGGGCAGCAGGUUUAUGAUGGGAUGAUGAACAAGGGUGGGCAAUACCAGCAAGGAAUGUCCCUGUCAGUAGUACCUGCUGGUGGCCCUGGGCAGUACCAAGGCAAUGUUUCACAGGCUCUUUCUUCCUCUGGCCAGGCUUAUCCGAGUAGUGGCCUGCCCAUGGCCCUGUCAUCGUCUGGAAACCAAUCUCAAUACAACCCUCACUCCUCCCAUCAGUCCUCCAUGCCUGCAACCAAUCCACAGUAUCAUGUCAAUCAAGGCAUGGUCCACAGCAACCAGUCCGUCAUGGCUUCCCACAACAACCCGAGACCUCAGAGUGCUCGAUGUCUGCUACAAACUAAAGGCCAGAAAAGCAUGGAUGGUUACCAAGAGCAGUUGUGUGUGAGAAUAGAGAAGAACCCCGGCCUUGGCUUCAGUAUCUCUGGUGGCAUCAGUGGCCAGGGGAACCCCUUCAAACCCUCCGACAUGGGUAUCUUUGUUACUAGGGUACAGCAUGACGGGCCUGCUGCCUCCGCACUGAAGCCUGGAGACAAGAUACUACAGGCUAAUGGACAUAGUUUUUUACACAUGGAGCACGAGACAGCCGUCUCCCUGCUGAAGAGUUUCCCUCGGACAGUGGACUUGGUGGUUCUGAGAGACAGCAGCACGCGGUAG